UUCGGCAAUCCCAUUCUGUUGAGGAUUGCUGUUAUAGCAUUUGCAGCAAUGUUACAUAGUACAGAAGCCGUAGACUACAAAGUUGGAGACGACUUGGGUUGGACUAUACCUCCGGACGGUGCCGACCCGUAUGCAGACUGGUCACUGGACUGCCGAGCAUACCCUUCAUUUGACUUUCCAGUAGGAGAACAAGACGUGGCUUUUGUGACAAAGGAGGAUUUUGAACCGUGCACCACCACAAAUCCGCUAUGGGAAUCACCGGUUCCAGAUGAAGUUACACUUGUUCAAUCAGCGGGCACAUUUUAUUUCAUUGGCACCUUCACCGGCCACUGCGCCAAAGGCCAAAAGGUUGCCGUUAACUGGACCAACUCUCCAGUCAUGACUCCUGCUUAG